GUUUGAUGUCGUUCAGCAAGGCUAAAUGCAACAUUAGUGAAGUUUCCAAGCUGAAAGCAGAGUUAGGACGUAUUUUGCAAGACAUGAAGGAACGAUGGAAUUUGCACAAAUAUAAAAUGCUGUCUGCUAUUAAAAAGACAAAACAAAAGAAUGUCAGCAGUAUCCUUGAAGAGCUGGAGGAUUGUCCAGUUGAAGAUGAGGAAGAGGUCAAGAACCGGUGUAUAAUGGCAUGUUUGCCUUAUGUGUUAGAUGACCAACGCACCCAUCGAGAUAUGAACAAAAAGCUAUUUUGGGACAUUUUUGAUGGUAAAAGCUUGGGGGAAGUUCAAGAGAUCAUUAACAAUAGUUCGUCUCCUAGACUCCUAUCAACAGGAACAUUAAGAAACAUUCAUUCAAUAAUGUUGGUGGCUGAGGGGAUGAUUGUGGCAAAGUUGAAAACAGAAAAUAUUGUCAACGCAGUUAUUAUUUUACUUAGUUCUUUUUAUACUUUUAAUGCUGAGUAUCCUAAAGGCGUUAAUGGACAUGGCAAAAAUAUAUUUAUUCUUUUAGAACAUUUGCUUUUAAAUUCGAGUGGCAAUUGUAAGGCUCAAUUGCCAACUUUUGUCGAUCAUUUUAUUUUUUCUAUGAAGUAGAAAACUUUUGUAGUGUUAAUUAAUGGCAUGUAGUAGAGGUUUAAGUAUUCUGUGUUUGCAAAAAAUGUGCUAUUU